AUGGCACGAAAAAAGACGAACGGAGCGAGCUCCGAGGCUAGCUCGACCAUCGAGAAGGAUUCAACCCGGAAACGCCUCAGCAACGACGCCGACCACGACCACGCAACCAAGCGACAGCGGUCAGAGCUCGAGGAGAAAACCGACUACUCGCGAUGGCGCAUGCGGGAUGACCACGGCAGACAUACAUGGCGUUACUUGGAGGACGAUGAAGCCGCCAAGGAUUGGCCGCAAACCUAUGCCGAUAAAUAUUACUUGGGACUUCCAUUGGGCCUCCCCGAUCUUCCGAAAGCCAAAAAGCCCCUUGACGCGGUCCGAAACGGUCUCGAAUUCUUCGAAAAGCUCCAGCUUCCCAGCGGCCACUGGGGCUGCGAGUAUGGGGGUCCCAUGUUCCUCUUGCCGUGCAUCGUUAUCUCGUGGUACGUGACGAAGACACCGAUUUCUUGGUACUACGCCACCGAAAUCAAGAACUACUUGUUUGCCCGCGCGCACCCAGAGGACGGCGGUUGGGGUCUACACAUCGAGGGCGAGACUUCCGUGUUUGGGACGUGCCUCAAUUAUAUCGUGCUGCGGAUCGUCGGGGUGGAUGCGGACCACCCCGUGAUGGUGAAGGCUCGCGGGACACUGCACAAACUUGGAGGCGCAACUCAUGGGCCACAUUGGUCAAAAUGGUGGCUUGCUAUCAUGGGCGUAGCCAACUGGGAUAUUGUGAAUCCCGUUCCGCCCGAGUUAUGGCUUUUGCCCGACUGGGUUCCCUUCGCCCCUUGGAGAUGGUGGAUUCACAUUCGGCAGGUAUACCUUCCCAUGAGCUAUCUCUGGUCUAGGCGGUGGCAAGCCGAAGAAACCGAUUUAAUCCGUUCUCUUCGCAAGGAGCUCUUCGUGGAGGACUGGGCUACUAUCAACUGGGCCGCGAACCGCAAUACCAUCCACCCUCGGGACAAUUACCACCCAAAGACUUGGUUGCUCAACCUGCUCAAUUGGAUUCUCGCCAAUGUCUGGAAACCCAUCUUCAGAGUGAAGCCCAUUGUCGACAAGGCUGAGAAGUGGGCCAUGAAGCUAAUUGAGAUGGAGAACGAGAACACCGACCACCUGGACCUGGCUACCGUAUCCGGCCCCAUGAACCUCGUCGCGCUUUAUGCCCGUGACGGCCCCGAUUCGUAUGCCGUACGCAGACACAAGGAGCGGGCGGAUGAGUUCCUCUGGGUCAAGGACGAAGGUCUUCUCGCUAACGGGACUAAUGGCGUACAAUGCUGGGACACGGCCUUUGCCAUCCAAUCUAUCAUGGACGCCGGGCUCACGGAGGACCCACGAUGGAGGCCUAUGCUCUUCAAGGCUCUUGAGUUCCUCGACGACCAACAGAUCCGCGAAAACGUCAAAGACCAGGACAAGUGCUACCGCCAACAGCGCAAAGGUGCCUGGGCGUUUAGCAACAAGGAUCAGGGCUACGCUGUGAGCGACUGCGUCUCCGAAGCCCUCAAGUCGGUCAUCAUCCUCCAAAAGACUCCAGGUUUCCCCACCUUGAUCGAGGACCAACGCAUCUUCGACGCCAUCGACACCCUCCUUACCUACCAAAAUUCGAACGGCAGUUGCUCCUCAUAUGAACCACCAAGGGCAGGCGACUGGAUGGAGAUGCUCAACGCAGCCGAGGUGUUUGGCCGCAUCAUGGUCGAGUACGAGUAUCCCGAAUGCACAACCGCGGUGGUGACCGCGCUCUCCCUUUUCCACAAGCACUGGCCGUCGUACCGUGCCGCCGAGAUUGACCGCUUCAUCGCCCGCGCCGUGGCCUGGAUCAAGACCAACCAGCGGCCACACGGCGGCUGGUACGGCAGCUGGGGCAUCUGCUUCACCUAUGCCACCAUGUUCGCGCUUGAGAGUCUGUCCAGCAUCGGCGAGACCUACGCCAACAGCUCGCACGCCAAACGUGGUUGCGAUUAUCUCAUCUCCAAGCAACGCGAGGAUGGCGGGUGGUCGGAACACUACAAGGCCUGCGAAACCGGCGAAUACGUCGAGCACCCAGACGGCUCGCAAGUCGUCAUGACAGCCUGGGCCCUCAUCGGCCUGAUGAAGGCCAACUACCCCGACAAGGCCGCCAUUCAGCGUGGCAUCCAGCUGUUGAUGGAGCGCCAGCAGCCUAACGGCGAGUGGCUGCAGGAAGCCAUCGAGGGUGUGUUCAACAAGAGCUGCAUGAUCUCGUACCCCAACUACAAGUUCACCUUCCCCAUGAAGGCGCUGGGGAUGUUUGCGAAGAAGUAUCCCGAUGAAGCGGUCUUGUAA